AUGUCAGACAGCCGUCUCAACUUCACUGGGCAAGUUGCCAUCAUCACUGGUUCCGGCCGCGGCCUCGGUCGGGAAUAUGCACUCCUCCUCGCCCGUCUUGGCGCAUCUAUCGUCGUCAACAGCACCUCAGCUAGCACCGCAGACCCUACGGUUCGAGAUAUUAUAGAUGCAGGUGGCAAGGCUACUUCUUUCGUUGGAAGUGUCACAGACCGCGCAGUGGCAGAUGGCAUAGUCCAGGCUGCUCUUAACACAUACGGACGUGUCGACAUCAUUAUCAACAACGCUGACUACGGAGACCCAGCACUUUUCGAAGACGUCUCGGAGACGAGCCUUUGGGACAUGUUCCAUGUCCAUGUGGGGGGCUCCUGGAAUGUUACUCAAGCCACCUGGCCGUAUAUGAAGAAGCAGAAAUAUGGGCGUGUUAUUAUGAUUACCUCGGCCAUGAUGCUUGGUGCCGCUACAAGUACGGCUUACUCGGCCGCCAAGCUCGCACUCGUUGGGCUUGCAAAGUCACUCGCGCUAGAGGGGAAAGAGCAUGGUAUUCUUGUUAAUACCGUUGCUACAUCCGGGUAUUCACCUGGUGCGGCCAAGGCAAUACAGAGCGAUCAGGUGAUGGAGGCAAUGAAAAAAUAUAUGCCCGCUGCAGAUAUCGCGCCGGGGGUCUUAUGGCUAGCGCAUCAGGAUUUUCAAGCCACAGGCCAGUCAUUUGCCGUCGCAGGACGUCUCAUGACAUAA